AUGGAUUACCUGCUGGUGUUGAAGGCAACCCCUAGAAAGCGCUGCUGCCUCAAUGGAUGCCCUACCUCAGGGUUUGGCAUGCGCUUCUCACCCGCAAAGUGUAAAAUGCUACUGCAAGGCUGGGUAGGCUCGAACUCUAGCCUCAUGCUUGCGGAUGAGCACCUUGAGGUAGUAGACAAGUUAAUCUACUUGGGCAGCUGUAUCAGUACCAGAACCAAGACUUCUACCACACCUGUCAUAACACCCAAGUUGCUGGCAGAGCCCACAGCUCGCGAACCCAGAACUUUUUGCUCGACUGGACAUGAGCAGCGGAACAUCUAUAGCCCAUUUUCGUCCCUUGAAACACACUUGGGCCCAAGAUGUCUGCUCCAGGAGAUGAAGUCGUUGCUGAGGACGAUGGGUCUGGCUACAAGGUCCCAGCGAAGAAAACCCUCGAGGAGAUUAAAAAGAUGGAUGAAGAAGAUGAGAGUCUCAGGCGAUACAAAGAAGCGCUGUUGGGCAGCGCAGCAAACGCAAUUCCUUGUAUGUUCUCACCCUUCUUACCCCCUUUCUUUCACAGUCCCGCAGAAUCCCAAAUCCGUCAUUCUAGAAAGCUUCACUAUUUGUGUGGAAAAUCAACCGGAGCGGACAAUUAGUUUAAUGGGUGCUUUGGCCAAUACGACGUGCGAAGCUAUUCCGAUUCCCGAAGGUGCCAAUUAUCAUAUCAAAGUCAACUACUACGUUCAGCGGGACAUUGUGACUGGCUUACAGUAUGCCCAGAGUGUCUAUCGUGGACCCGUUAGAGUCGAUCGUUCCAGUGCGAUGAUGGGGAGCUAUGCACCACAAAAUGAGGUACGCGUCUGGAAGUCAGACACAUUUGAGGCUCCCAAGGGAGCAAUGCAUCGUGGCACCUAUCACAUCAAGAGUCGUUUUGUCGAUGCGGAUAAAAACGAGUACGUGUCAUGGAAGUGGGAUAUCCAAGUGGUUAAAGCAUCCGGAUGA